AUGGUGGUCCGGCGAGUACACACGACGUCCAAAUACUCCGUGCUCCUCCCCACCUACAAUGAGCGCCAGAACAUCCCCAUCAUCAUCUACCUCCUGGUCGAAACUUUUGAGCUCCAUAAGAUCCGUUUCGAGAUCAUCGUCGUGGACGACAACAGCCCCGAUGGAACUCAGGACGUGGUGAAGCAGCUACAGAGGGUCUAUGGCGAAGAUCGGAUACAGCUGCGGCCACGUGCGGGGAAGCUGGGCCUGGGCACCGCAUAUGUGCAUGGUCUGCAGUACGCCUCUGGCGACUUUGUCAUCAUCAUGGACGCUGACCUGAGCCACCACCCCAAGUACCUGCCGGACUUCAUUGCCAAGCAGGCAGCUACAGGCGCCGACGUGGUGACGGGGACCCGGUACGGCCCGGGCGGGGGGGUGUAUGGGUGGAACUUCAAGCGCAAGCUCAUCAGUCGGGGCGCCAACACCCUCGCGGCCACACUCCUGCAGCCAGGGGUUUCAGACCUGACAGGUUCAUUCAGGCUGUAUCGGACAGCAUGCUUAGAGAAGCUCAUAAGACUCGCCACAUCCAAGGGCUACGCCUUCCAGAUGGAGAUCAUGGUCAGGGCUCGGUCGCUCGGCUACACAGUCGCCGAAGUGCCCAUCGUCUUCGUGGACAGGGUGUACGGCGCCUCCAAACUGGGAGGCGCCGAGAUCUUGCUGUAUGUCAAAGGGCUCCUCAAGCUGCUGGUCACCACGUGA